AAUUUAGGCAUCUUUUCUGGAAGUAUGGUGUUCAAUAACCGUAAAAAUGGUGAGUGGGGUCAAGAAGAACAACGUCUUAAAAACCCUUUUAGCGCUGGAGGUGAAUUCGACCUUCGUAUCAGAGUCAACAACGAAAAUUUUCAGGUAUUUGGUAACAGAGGAUAUCUUGGUUCGAUAACUCAAAAAGCACCCCUUGAUCAAAUACGCUAUAUUCGUAUUGAUGGCGACCUCUCUGGGCUUAGGCUUGUGCAUUAUGGUGGCGUGGUCUUUAAACUUCCUUAUUAUGGUGCAGCAGCACUGACUCCUGGAAAACGUCUUGACAUAUCAGCCUGGCCGGCGGGAAACAAGAUCAAUAUUGAACUCCACAACAGCCAAAGGCAGCAUGCUUUCCACAUGUCUAUUAGGUUCAAUGAGGGUGCCAUUGUCAGGAAUGCAAUGGUCGAAAAUUCUUGGGGUCCAGAAGAACGUGGAGGCGGUUUUCCUCUCAGCAAAAACAAAGUGUUUGAUCUAACGCUUGUCAACGAGAACUAUGGUUAUCAAAUCUACUUUAACGGACGCCAUUUCGCUUCAUUCGCCCACAGAGUGAGCCCAACAGAUAUUACUGUGCUCAAAAUUGCUGGAGACUUGGAGCUUUACUCCGUCAUGCUCAAUGAUGCCUAA